AUGGGAACCGUUGACGAAGAACCUCGUCGGCGGCAUCCGUCCGCGGGAUCAAAGGCAAGCAGUAAUGGCAGUUGGUCAUCUUUUGGAUCUGCAAGAAGAUUGUCUUUUGCUCAAAAGAGGCAGCAAGAAUCAAGUAAAGGUCCUUGUGAGAAAAUCGUUCACCGUCCACAGGAUUCGUUGUUUAGCAGUAGUUCAGGAUGGACCAAUUAUAGAGGAUUCUUCAAUCUUGCCAUGCUAUUACUGGUUGUCUCCAAUGGCCGAGUAGCACUUGAGAAUCUCAUAAAAUACGGUAUUCUCAUAUCACCUUUAAAAUGGCUAUCAUUUUUGAUUGUUGAAGGAUCGUUUGGCAACUGGCCUAAUUUGGCUCUGGUAAUAUUCUCGAACAUUACCAUACUCGUUGUGUUCGUAACUGAAAAGAUACUUGAAAAAGGAUUUCUGAGUAAUUACUUCGCUGGGAUUUUCUAUCCUAUACUCGUUUCUGCGCAUUUGAUAACUCCUGCAGCUAUAACACUGUUUCUCGACGGAAAUCCUCUAUGCUCGGUAUUUGCUUUGUCUAUUUUUGUAAUAGAGUCGCUCAAAAUUGUUUCAUAUGUGCACGUGAACUAUUGGUGCAGAUGUGCUCGAGAAGAGAAAAUAGUGGAAUCAAAGAAAGACGAUAUAACGAAGCUCAAUGUGAGCGGUUCUGAGAUGACAUCCCUCUAUCCAAGCACAUUAACACUGAGCAACUUGUACUAUUUUAUGUUAGCACCAACUCUUUGCUAUGAGCUAAAGUUUCCGAAGUCUGUUCGCCGUCGAAAAACUUUUCUUAUGAAAAGACUUGUUGAGUUGGUUUUCCUUUCAUUUCUUAUGGCUUCUCUCAUUCAACAAUGGGUAGUGCCUACGGUGCGCAACAGCAUGAAACCACUGAGCGAAAUGGAAUUUGGAAGGUGCCUUGAGAGGCUCUUGAAGCUGGCUAUACCAAAUAUUAUAAUUUGGCUGAUUGGUUUUUACACCAUAUUUCAUGCAGCUCUGAAUUUUAUGGCCGAAAUUCUGAAAUUCGCUGACAGAGAGUUUUAUCGUGAUUUUUGGAAUUCGGAAACUAUCCAGUAUUUCUGGCGCACUUGGAACAUACCAGUUCAUCGUUGGGCCGCUCGUCAUGUUUAUUUGCCUAUGAUACGGAACAAUUACAGCAAACUUAGUGCCAUGGUUGCUGUGUUCUUCGUAUCGGCUUUCUUCCACGAAUAUCUGGUAUCUGUGCCCUUGCACAUGUUCCGCCUCUGGGCUUAUUAUGGUAUGAUGGCACAAAUCCCACUAUCAUUUAUCACCGACUAUAUUGUCAAGGGUGGACGUGCCGGAAAUGUCAUCGUAUGGCUUUCUCUUAUUCUCGGUCAACCACUUGCAAUUCUGAUGUAUGUCCAUGAUUGGUAUGUUAUGCAUCAGGAUGUUCCGGAGAAGGCUACUAUGAUUUCUAUGUAUAAAACGUUGUACGAUGGUCGUACUUACUUUGUGUACUGGUUACCGGAUCCGAAAGUGUUAGGUGUCUGCAAUGGUGUCAACGAGGUUUAUGAGUCAGCUGUCAGCGAAAAAGAUCGCGCUGAGUUUGUCAAUGUAAGCGAAUCGAUACUUCCAACCAUAUGGAGAGAGAAUAUGUUCAACAAAGCCUUCAUUGUUUCUUCCAUAUCUUCUGAUUCGCACUGCACGAUCACAUUUGGCACAAAAAGAUCUCUUACUCUUGCUAUUAAUAACGACCCUCUUCGUUUGAGCUUCAUUAUGGAAGAGAUGCUGAAGUGUAUAGAGAGCCUGACAGAUGACCAAAACAAGAAGCAGAAGAAGAGAACUCCUACCGUCGUUCCUGUAAAGCGAAGAAAACCUGCUGCAAAAGGUAUUAAAUGGGAAGAGGACUGA